CACAAACCCGUCACACUCAUACAGAUCUUUCUUCAGAGGUGGACACAUCAAGAUCUCAGCAGAUCAUCAGUAAAUAACUAUGUGGGUCUUUGGGAAGCUCAGGGAGAGCAUGGAGAGUAUUCCUCUAGAGCUGAGUCGUUACAUGGGGAAGAGUGAGGAGGAUAUCUUUUUCUCUUCUAAGGCCAGUCUCUCUCACAAUCUGCACACCAACAUCCUCACCCCAGACAAGAUCCCAGAGUUCUGCCUGCCCCCCAGGCUUCGCAAGAGAAGCCCGCUGCUGGAAGCUGAGACAACGGCACCUUCUCUGCUUCAAAAGAAACAGACACCCAAGAGCAGCACCUCUUCAAAUACUACAUAUAUACAGACGGAGGACAUGAAGAAGAAUAACGAUGGUGUAUCAAUGGCUUGGAAGGCUACGAAGAAGCCUUUGCCAUUCUCCGCAGAAGGGUAUGGCCUGACUGGGAUAUACGAGAGCCCCAACACUCGAAGAAAAGAGUCUUUGUUCCACUCAAAGUGCCCUGUUUAUAUGUUUGAUAGAAGCCUUCCUACUGCAGCGCCCAGGCUGGCAAAGGUGACAAACCUGCCCAAGAAAACGUUAUCUGGGUUGCUCCCUUUGUUUUCAUCCAAGAGCCUGUCAGAGACAGGAAGCACAGGAAGUGAAACACCUUCUUCCAGUGACUCCUCUCCCCUCAGUUCCCCUUAUAGUGCUAAAUGCUCACUCUACUUCCCACAAGGCAGUGGUCGUCUUAAAGGAGCAUCAUCCUGUCCUUCGUUAAUUGGCAGAAGGGUGGACAAAGGGAAGUGGAAGAGGGGGGGUUUAAGUUUAACAACAUCACCCAGUAGCCCUCCAAGCUUAAAGGGAAGCUCACUCACCUUAGCUCCACCUAUCCUCUUCCCAUUGGAUGUUCUGCAGUGCCAGGAGAGGCUUCAGCACGAGCAUGUCCUCACUUUGCAGGGCCGUGGUAAAGUUCGACUUUUCGCUGAGCACACCACAUUCUCAACCAACACGUUCUCAUCCUUUUCCACAGUCAGAGUUCGUGUGGCGUCUGUGGAAGGCCUAUGGGAUGAAAGUGACCGACGAACCUUGAACUGUGCAGUGAAUCUGUGUCUGACCCCGGGGAAGCUGCAGCAACAGGAGAGCGUCACCAUCAGGAAUUGCCGUAGCCCUGUGUUUAAAGAAGAUUUCUUCUUUACAGAGCUCAGUAGAGAGGAUCUGCUAGAACUGCAGCUCAGGUUAAAAGUGGUGGGUAAACCUGCAGCUGGGGCACUGAGGAGAGGGACAGUGAUUGGAGCGAUCACCAAACCGCUGUCUCAGCUACUCCCUCUUAAAAAACAGAUAAAGGAAUAA